CACGAGCUAAAAAUUAUCGAUGCCGUUUAAUUGCACAUUUCCAUCCUUCACUUGUGUACUUUCCACCAUUUUAUCUCCUAACUGAGCAUCUUGUGAGGGUUUGAUUCAAGUUUCAGCGCUAUGGCCGGAAAAACGUACAUCGUUGAGCACCUGGACGAGGAGCUUGGACCCUGGUCAGAACUCGAGUAUAUCACCAUCGCGCGCGAGUCGCAAGAGACUGGGUCCAAGUUCUUCCUUUCGUCUCUCCACCCACAGUUCAAGGUCCCAGACGCCUUGGCUGCCAUCCCCUCGUUCACAGCUGAGAGGCGGGGUGUGGAGGAGUUGUAUGCGGACAAGAAGUCUAGAGUAUGCCUUCUUGACCCUCAGGGGAAGAGUGAUCUUGCCCCUGAAGAUGCGGACAACUUUGAUGUUUUCCUGUUUGGAGGAAUCCUUGGUGAUGACCCCCCUAGAGACAGAACAUCCGAGUUGCGGGCCAAGGGCUUUGAGGGCCGUCGUCUCGGGCCCGUCCAGAUGACCACAGACACUGCAGUCCGUGUAACUCGUCUGGUGGUUGAGGGCAAGACACCGUUGAAAGACAUUCCCUACGUCGACUUUCCCGAACUCAAGUUCAACGAGUAUGAGAGCACAGAGAUGCCAUUCCGUUACGUUAAGACUGAGGAUGGAAAACCCAUUAUGCCUGAGGGCAUGGUCGAGCUGAUCAAGAAAGAUGCUGACAAGGGCAUUGAUGAUAUGCUCUAG